AUGGCCCCAGACUUGUAUCAUGGGCUGGAUCAUGCCGAGAUCUACGGCAAGAAAGCAGCAGAUGAAAGCUUGGCACCCAAAGUAAGAGGGGCUUGGAAGGACCUGGCAGAUGGCGUGACGUCCCUCAACGAGGAUGACCCAGAUUCAGCCAUUCGAUUAGGGAACCAGGCGGGUGAAGCAUUUCGAGCUGGCCAAUGUCCAGAAGGCGAUGCCGACAGCCUCUUGCUCGUCACCAGGGCGCUCACCAGUGUAAACAGGAGGAAAGAGGCCGACAAGCUUGUGCGAGACCGGCUGGCGGAGGUGCGGGCGAAGGCCGAUGGCCCGAGUGAGGCAAAGGCCCUCCUGGCGCUGGCGGAGGUCAACGCGGACCAGAGGGGCAGCAAGAAGCGCGAAGAGGCACGGAUUGCAGCCAAAGAGGCCAGAGAGAUGUUUGAGAAGCUCGCAGACGAACGUAUGCGAGCGGCAGCGCUGCUUGUGCAAUCACACAUUUGCAUCAAAAGCAAGAAUCAAGAAAAAGAGAAGAGGGCAGCUGAAGCUUUGAAGCUAGCAGAGGAAGCUCGCAAGAUUUCCAAUGACCUGGGCGACACCCGGACGGAGGCAACAUGCCUCCACGCGUAUGCAUCUGCUCAUGACAUCAUCGAGCAGCACAACGAGUGCAUACAGGCGGCAGAGGAUGCCUUGGACCUAUACCUCGAUCUGAAGGAUCCCUAUGCUGAAGCAUUCGAACUUUGCUGCAUGGCCCAGUGGUUCAUGAACUACUCGCGGUGGCAGCUGGCACUCGAUCAUGCGGAGGAUGCGCUGGAAAUCCUGCGGGCCGCUCCCAAGCCGAGCGCAUCGCAGGAGCUCCGAGCACUGCAGAUUUUGUCCCAAGCCCACCAGGGUAAGGGCGACAAGAGUGGCACAGAUGCGGUCCACGAGUCCCUCAAGCGUUUCCAAGCGAGCGACAACCGCUCGGCAGAGGCUGCGGCCAUGGACAUGCUGCUCAGAGCACAUUGCGAGAAGGGCGAGUUCGAGCGUGCCCUUGAGACUGCAGAGCGUGCCAGAGCGGCUUUCAAGGCUGUCGGCGAUGAGGUUGCAGAGGCCAACGUCUCUGCACUGAUAGCCGGGCUGUAUCUCAAGCUGGGAAUGGCAGACGAGGCUCUAAAAGAAGGUCAUGCGGUUCUGGAACUGGUCCGACGUUCUGGCUCAACCAAACAGAAGUCGGACCUGAUGCUCACUCUGUCCCAGGCUUACCUCGAAAAACAGGAGCACGAUGAAGCCCUCGCCAUAUGCAGAGAAAUGCAAGACCACUUCACUCAAAAAGGAGAUGUGGAAGGGGAGGCCGACUCUCUCCUGGCAGCCGGCUCUUUGCUCGUCCUACAGGGUGAUUUGGACGAGGCUCGGACACUUGCUGCCAAGGCGCAGCUGAUUCUCAGCGAGGAGGGCAAUGCCACAGGCGAAGGCAAGGCGCUUCGGCUGCUCGCAGAGAUCUAUGCCAAGCAGGAGCAGCACAAAGCAGCUAUCAGGGCUGGGGAGCGUUCGAGAGCUUUACUGCGUGGCGAAGAGGGUGCUGCUGACGAAGCUUCCAUGCUCUUCCUGGUAGCGCAGGAAGCCGUGCAGCUUGCUGUCCUCGAGGGGGCCAGAGUUGGCUUAGACAAGCCUCUGAAGAGACAUGCGAGGGAAGCGCUGGACAAAGCCGAGAAAUGUGCGAAGAUGGCGGUUAAACUCUGCAGUGACAAUGCCUCUGAGCAAGGGACGUCAGAGAUUCUGGGCUCGUCGCUGUGCUCACUGUCACAGGUGCAUAUGCUUCGCAGCAAGUACAAGGAGGCGCUUUCCAUCGGCCAGGAGGCUGUUCAAGUCUUUGUGAAGACAGGGCAUAAGCGCAACCAGGCUUCUGCCUGCCUCCUCUGCGCAGAUGCAGAGAGGGCUUUGGAGCAUUACAAAGAAAGCCAAAGAUAUGCCUUGGAGGCAAUCGCCAACUUCAACCAAGCAGCAGUGCUCGAUGAAAAAGGCCUGGCUUCAGCGCAGAGCAUCCUCGAAGCUCUGAAGCAGCACCUGGCGCCUCCUCGACCUGUCAUGAUCCCUGGAGCCCCGCAGGGUGGACUUCCACCAGGAAUGCUCGCGCAGUACGAGGAGGAGGAGGCCGCCGGUGAAGGAAAGGUGGCCAGGACUCGCGAGAGAGGUCCGGCUAUGGACGUCAAGGCUCUCAGUCCAGAUGUCAUCAAGAAGAAGAUCUUAGAUGUGGCCUUGAGCAUCACUGGGGCCGAUGAUGGUGACAUAGAGGCCGACACGCCCUUAAUGGAAGCCGGGCUCACAAGCACUUCGGCCGUUGGGCUGCGUGACGAGCUCAUGAAGGAUUUGGUGGGUGUCAACUUGCCUGUGACCUUAGUCUUUGAUUACCCGUCGAUUUCUGCGAUGACCGAGCUGGCAUUGGAAACGCUAUGUGCUUUUCUUGAAACACUUGGUGGCACCUUCGACAAAACGCAGUGGUCGGGCUAUGCGCGGCUACAGGAGGUCUUCAAGCAGGUGGAAAUCGUGGCAGAGGACCCGAAGCAAAGCGCCCGAACGCGAUGCUUGCUGAAGGGUCUCCUGGAUAAGCGCCGGAAUUCCUGGCAAGAGAAGCCCACCCUUAUGGCAAGUCCGAAAAGCAACAAGGAGAAGCCUCAGAAGAAGACAGACGGGGCUGAGAAGCUGGACUGGAUGGAGGCACGCUAUUCCAUGAACUCGCCUCUGUCGGGUGUGUCCGGCCGACGUGCUGCCGCGUAG